GAUUGGUAUGAUACUGUCUUUUGGAAAUUUAUCUCUGUAGGUUUGAUGAGUAACAGAAAUGGUAAAAGCACUGAAAUCAAAAAGUAUUACACUCAUAAAAUUACAAAAUCAAAGAAUGAGACUCAGGAUGUUAACAGAGUCAUAACUAAGCUGGCAAUAUCUGGAAGCCAAUCUCCUUCUGAACCUAGAAAACAAACUUCUGUGUUUAUGAAAUAUUUAAUCAAGCCAAAUCAUAAGCAUAAAGUUUUGAGCAAUAAAUGAAUGGCUCUCAGAAAAACAAUACAAAACAGUAUAACACCGUCUCACAUGCCCCUGAACCAGACCAGACAAUCUCAUAGAGUGAAAAGAUGGGAAUCUUUAAACAAAACCAGACAGACCCCAAGAAUACCUCAAAUUUCUUCCUCCACUGAGGUAAAAAUACUCCCUCCUAGCUCUAAGAGAGGCACUAGACAGAACACUCAGACCCAAAAGCUGCAAAAUAUUUAUAUAAUUCCUAGAGUUCCAUAA